AUUAAAAGGCACACUGUGGCUCUCUUUCCAUGUAGCAUUUCUCACUGUGACGGAGCCUGUGUGUGAGGCAGAGAAGAAUGGAAAAGCCCAGGAAGAAAUUUAUUGAUGUGGUAGAUAAGGCAAUGGUUGCUGCUAGCACAAUGGAUCGUGAUGAACUGCUUUUUUCUUACAAGGGGAUUCUCUACCCUGUUACUGUUUGCAGUCCCGAAGUGUUUAAAGCUAUGGAGUCCCUUGAAGCCAGAAGUGACGAUGUCAUUUUAGCAGGAUACCCUAAAUCUGGUACAAACUGGGUGGGUCAGAUCUUAAGCGAUCUGGUAGCCACAUUUGAAAAGAAAACGCAGGGUGAAGAAAGUGUUAAUGCUGAAGACCUAGAAGAAUUCCCCUACCUUGAAGUUGGAGAUGCUGGGAAAUUUGAGCGAAUGAACAAGUUACCUUCUCGAAGAGUUAUAUUUACUCAUCUCCUUCCUGACAAUCUUCCCAGGUCUAUCUUCAAAAGUAAAGCCAAGAUAUUGCUGUUGAUUCGCAAUCCAAAAGACGUGGCUACAUCUUUUUAUCAUUUUUCCAAUGGCAUGUCUCUUCUUCCUUCCUAUGAGACCUGGGACGAUUUCUUCAUAGCUUUCAUGACAGAGAAAAGUACAGUAUAUUCUUUUAUGAUUAUUUUGUUUUAUUUAGUGCCCUGGGGAUCCUACUUUAAUUAUCUUUCUGAAUGGAACAAGUAUGCUGCUGAUGAAAAUGUUAUGACAAUAACUUAUGAAGAACUAAAAGAGAAUCGGGCCCUGGGAGUGAAAAAUAUCGCUGCUUUCUUUGGGAUUUCUCUGACUGAGGAAGAGCUUCAGGGUGUGGUGGAGAGGAGCAGCUUCCAGUCCAUGAAGGAGAACUCGCUGAAGACCCACGGGGCGCUGGGCAGCAUUCUCUUUCGCAAAGGUGGUGUAAGUGACUGGAAGAGUCUUUUCAGUGAAGAUCAGAAUGAGAAAAUGGACAAAGCAUUUGAAGAACAUAUAGCAGGAACUAAACUGGGGAUGAAGUUAAAGUAUGACGUGUACUGCAAAGCCUGAAGAGCGAUUAAAUGUGGUUAUAGGAAGAGCUUUCCACUGCACUUUCAGAUCAUCUGAAUAACAUAUAUUAGAUAGCUGGAAUGAUCCAAGAAUCUUGGAAUUAUUGUAAUAAUCACAUUAAUCACACUGCAGCAGCCUUUACAGCGAGAGUGAUGAAUAGUUGUUUUGUUGUUGUUCGUUUUUUUCUUUUGUUUGUUUGUUUAUUUUUCUUUUAAUGUGAGAUCUUUGGCUUACUUUGGCUACGUUUAUUUGCUGAAUACGAUGAUAACUAACUAUAUUCAAAUAAACCUGACAGCCUUGUUUCAGUAGCUAUCACUGGAA